AUGAAGGAAAUGUCCUGCUUCUGCAUGACUUUUUCUUCCUUGUUGGAACAGAUGGUGAAGGCUUACAAAUACAUGACUGGUAUUUUUUCAGUGACUCAUACCUCAGAGCAACAGGCUUCAGAUCAUGAUAAGCAGCCAACCAAGAUGGAUGUAAGCUUACUUGAGGAGCAGUAUGACCAUAUAAAACAGAAGCAAAAACUGCAAUCACACAUUAUUGUAUUUAAAACAGGUGAACAUGAAUCUCUUCUCCCAGAACCAAUGGUCAAUGCUGUUUUAAUUAACAAAAAAGUUAGAAGAUCGAAGUCAUUUACAGAACAUGUUCCAGUCAGAAAGGUCAGCCUGGAGAUGACCAGCAAUGGCAACGUACAAGACACCUCACCAUGGCACACCCACCUGGGAAUUCACCGCCUGGCACAAGCCCCUUAUCAAGGAGUUAACUGGGAUCUUUCCCACUGCAAGAAUGGACCAUGCAGUUUUGACAAUCAGAGACUGAUUUCAAAGGGAAACGGCACACUGCAACCCAAGGUAUUAGAAGGAGCAAGUGAAUUAUCUGCACUCAGUCAACUGGGAAGUUCAAGCAUGUCGAACAGUUUCAGCAAAGAGAAUGGCAGCAACAUUUCCAGCACCUGCCAAAAGCCUCCUCUGAAAUCAGCCACUUCAGCAGUUUGGACACAUCAAGAUAUUUCUUCUACAAAAUGCAUGCCAGCCUGCAAUAAACCGAACUUUUACCCUUUCCCUAACAAAAAAGGGCCCAGAAUUUCUGAAGCAGCAAGGAGGCUUGGAUUAUAUGUCUCACAAUGA